AUGCAAGAUGCUACUAGAUCGUGGGUCCUUGUGGCCUCCGGUCAAGCCGCUUUGAAACUGCUUCGUGUAUCGGACUUGUCCAUGGAUCAGCUAAUCGAGGAACUGAUAGUGACCCGUUCCAGGGAGAACGUCGGUCGCACCGUACAAUCCACUACGCCCCUAGCAGACCGCUUUUUACGAGCAAUACGGGGUUUGAAAAACCAGUGGCUCAAUGUGUUGGUUCGCGCAAGUUGGCGCGCUGAGUGGGAUCUAUGCCUGCCUGUUUCGUUGAAUAAACUUCAGAUGAAAUUCGAACUCAUUGAAGAGAAUAAUGCAUGCUCAUCCACCGAGUCACAUGUAUAG